UUUACGAUAAAUUGCACUUGCAGUAAGUAAUUUAAUGACCAGAAUGAGGAAGUGGAACUUUACCCUCACAAACGGUUUUGUGCUCAACUUCCCUGACUCCAUUAUAACCUCUUCAUUCAUAUAACGUCGCUUUUUCAAUCAUGAACACUUUUUAAGGAAGCAUGGCGACGCGGAGCUGGUGUGGAAGCGCUUUCGGGGUGGUCCGCCGAGUUGAGUCGCUCGUGGUGCUCGAGCAGCUGGGCACCUCUUUGUUCGACACCGCCCUGCUCAUGGUGGUCAAGGACCGGUGCGCCAACGCCACCUCCCCGGGCACCAAUGACACUCGUUUCGCCGGGGAGGAAGAGCAGCAGCGAGCCAUGUCGGAUUUCUAUUUGGUCAAUAACCUCAUCGUCCAGCUGACGCCUAUCGUGCCCGCUCUCCUCCUCGCCAAGGCGGGCGACCGCGGCUGGAGGAGAGCGCCCGUCUUGGUACCCCUGUGCGGGUACCUGCUGUCGAGCGUCACCCUCCUCCAGGUGGUUCUUUUACGGUUGCCCAUCCAGGUGAUGUUCGGGACGGCGGCUCUCUAUGGGAUAUCCGGCGGCUUCUGCGCUUACUGGCCCGGCGUCAUGACGUUGGCGUCGCUCGGCUCCGACACGGAGAAUCGCUCCAAGGCUAUGAUGAGAGUGGAGCUUAUGUACGGAGCGGCGGGCCUGCUGGGCAGUCUGCUGUCAGGUCAUGUGUUCCUACUGUAUAGUUCUAGUGUUGGACAUGGAACUGUCCUACUUUGCAUCUGCACGCUUCUCCAGCUGCUCGGCCUCACUCAUGCCACCGUGCUGCUGCAGGUAAAGCAAGUAUCAAGUGAGCCUGAGGAGCGCAGCCCCCUCCUCCUUGACUCCUCCGCUGGCGUUCCUGCAGAGACGUCCAAAAGGAAGAACACGGUAAACGUGGUUCUGCUCUUCUCCGCGGCCAUCUUGUACGGCUCCUCGGUGAGCGGAGCCAUGGAAAUCCUGGGCGUCUUUGUGAUGAAAGAGCCACUCAACUGGAACGCUGCCCAAGUGGGUUACGGCAACGCAGCGGGCUUUGUGAUCUUCCUCAGCAGUUACCUCGGCGCCAUUGCUUUUCGCCGCUGCGUGAGCGACGUCACGCUCAUCCUCAUCGGCAUGCUUUCAUUCGCCUGCGGGAUCUACUUCAUGUCUUUCGUCACCGCAUCUUACAUGUUCUACCUCGCUCGCUCGCUCAGCCUCUUUGCCCUCAUCCCGCUGCCUACAAUCAGAUCAAUUCUCUCCCAGCAGGUUCCAACAUCCCUGUGUGGCAUCACUUUGACAGCUCUGCAGCUGGCGUUGAGGUUCGCAGCUCUGGCGUACAUCCCUGCCUUCACUAAACUCUACCAGAGAACACUGGGCUGGUUCCCAGGUUUCGUCUUCACCCUCUCCAGCAUACUGGCAGUUCUGGGAAUGAUUCCCAUCAGUGUCGUGGGAUGCAGACAGACUCAGCCAAGACGUCCCAAAGAGACAGAAACGACGGUCGAGCCACGGCAUUCGGAUAAGGAGAACUGAAGCCCGCUUCCUCCGAAGAUAAAACCGUGAACACUUCAGAAAGGAAAGAUGAGCAGAUGUGUGUUUUACGUCACACAGUGUGCAGUCUUUGGAAUAACUAGUGUGGAAUGAGAUCUGAUGAAAAAAAAAAAUGGACGGCAGAGAUCUCGAACCUCUCACGGUGUGAACAAGGUUGCAUUAUUUAUCACGUCUUUAGAUGCUUUUUAUUAAAUUUCAAUGAAUGAAAAUGUGCUUUUUCACUAUAUUGUAACUGUUAAGCGAACUAGAAAUAGAGGAAAAACUUCACAGAUCAAUAUCAAAUCAAUUUAUUUUAAUAUUGGUCCAAUAUAUCCCAAAAUAGUUUGAGGUAAAGGUAAUCGCGUCAGAACAACAUCAAUAUCCAGGCCUCAUAUUUAUAUCUAAUUACAAGAUGUUCAAGUGUACAGAAUGAACCAAAAGUAAAAAUGUAAACAUCGGGGACCAACAAAAUAGAACAAAACUGAGGUUAUUAGCAGUUAGCUUAAAAAAAAAAAAAAUCAUGGUAAGUUGAUCCUAUUUCUGCUGUGUUGCAAUGCAGGAAAUGAUGCGGACGUUUGGGCUUGGCGAUUUUUUUUUUUCCAAGAUGAGUACAGUACAUUCAUACUAAUUAUUCGUACGGAAUAUGUUGGCAGCUGUCAUCUUCUUCCCAUUUGGGCUUUCAACCUGUCGAUAAACAUUCGGCAAGCAAGAUCAAAACACAAAAGCAAAAUCGCCGCCAGAAUUGGUACUUUUGUCAAAUCAAAAGACAUUUUCAAGAAAAGUUUCAAGUUGGGAUGAAUCCUGCAUUGUUCAUUAACCAGCAGGCAAAAACUCGACAUGAAGCUCUAUCAAAAAUAGACGCUAUGCUGUUGAGGUUAAAAAAAAAAAAA